CGGCGAGGCUGUCCCCGCCACGCACGCCGCUCGGCCUGGCGGCCGCGAGAGGCAAGGGAGCAGCGCCGGCUCCACCUACUUUGGCCUGGACCCAGCUUCCAAGGGCUAAAAAUAUUGCCCGGAGACUCCUGAGUGGAAUCAGAUCGCCCUAAGUAGGGCACAACGCUGCAGAGGCGACAUAGCUCCCCAGCCCCAGGGCUGGAGGAAGACUCCGGAGUCGCCGCUCCUGCCCACGCUCCGCCCGGCAGCUGGCGGCCCCACUCCGCCCGGCAGGCAGGCAAGUGCGGUCCGCGGGCGGUGGCGGAAGGCACUGGUUCUCUGAAGUUGCCCCACAACCGAGCAGCUGUGCCUAGCUUCUCCCUACCCAGGGGAUCUUCUACAUCAAUCACUGUUGACUUCCAAGGGGGUCCCGUAAAUGCUCUAUAAGCAGAGGCUGAAAGUUACCCACUGCAGGAAUCAGAACUAACAGGGAGAAGAUGUAGGGCUCUUUAUGUUAGAAACAGAAGCUGUGGCUUCUUCUUAAGUUCAUUCUGCGUUUUUGAAUAAGAGAGGAGCUGUGCCAGGCACUGUUUCUGGUGAGUCUGAUCCAAGAGGGCAGGGAGAAAGGCUUUCUUGUGAGUCUCUUGGGGGAUUUAGCUAGCUAUAUCCUUUAAAUCAAAACAGAUACCAGUUUGUUCCUCUCAAAUUAGAAGCACAUGGCCAGGGAGCCUGGACACCUACCUCCUUUAACUAACUGCCUGUGUUUUUUUUGUAGGCAAGCUCUGAGAGCGGCUGGUUAUAAUCAGGAAGUUGUAUGGUGAACUCAGGAGUCACAGCUGGGAAGUUGUUAUUCGGUUGUUUUUUAUAGCAUCUGCCUGGGAGAGAGCAUCAUCUCCAUUCUAGGGGCAGAGCUGCUACCAGGACCAGGCAGGAUUGGCCUCAGAUGUGCCUCUUUCUAUGCUUUUUGUAUCUCAACCAAGAGAAUACGAUCCAGGUUGGGUCAGGAUCCGUAGCCAGUGUUUGGAAGUUUGGGGUUUAGUGCUUGGAAGUUUCCUUUUCUUUGGAGUCAGGCAAAUAGGUGUUCCUCGAGAGCAGCCCUCAGGAACUCAUUGGAGCAUUUGGUGGAAAGACCUCCAAGGGGAUUUUGCCUUCUGGAGCUACAUCUGAUGUCCCUCCAGCCAGGUGUGUGUGGAGGCCAGUAUGAAGCUGAAAAAGCAGGUGACAGUGUGUGGGGCUGCUAUCUUCUGCGUGGCUGUCUUCUCACUCUACCUCAUGCUGGACCGAGUGCAGCAUGAUCCCACCCGCCACCAGAAUGGUGGGAACUUCCCCCGGAGUCAAAUUUCUGUGCUGCAGAACCGCAUUGAACAGCUGGAGCAGCUGUUGGAGGAGAACCAUGAAAUCAUCAGCCACAUCAAGGACUCCGUCCUGGAGCUGACAGCCAACGUGGAGGGCCCACCUGCCCUGCUGCCCUACUAUACGGCCAACAGCUCCUGGGUGGUGCCACCAGAGCCCCGGCCUAGCUUCUUCUCCAUCUCUCCUCAAGACUGCCAGUUUGCUCUGGGGGGCCGGGGCCAGAAGCCAGAGCUGCAGAUGCUGACUGUAUCAGAGGAGUUACCAUUUGACAAUGUGGAUGGCGGCGUGUGGAAGCAAGGGUUUGACAUCUCCUACAGCCCUCAUGACUGGGACACUGAAGACCUGCAGGUGUUUGUGGUCCCACACUCUCACAAUGACCCAGGCUGGAUUAAGACCUUUGACAAGUAUUACACCGAGCAGACCCAGCACAUCCUUAACAGCAUGGUGUCCAAGCUGCAGGAGGACCCCCGGCGGCGCUUCCUCUGGGCAGAAGUCUCCUUCUUCGCCAAGUGGUGGGACAACAUCAAUGCCCAAAAGAAAGCGGCAGUCCGAAGGCUGGUGGGAAACGGGCAGCUAGAGAUUGCGACAGGAGGCUGGGUAAUGCCGGAUGAGGCCAACUCCCACUACUUUGCGCUGAUUGACCAGCUCAUUGAGGGACACCAGUGGCUGGAGAAAAACCUCGGUGCAACCCCGCGCUCCGGCUGGGCAGUGGACCCUUUUGGACACAGCCCCACCAUGCCUUAUCUGCUGCGCCGCGCCAACCUGACCAGCAUGCUGAUUCAGAGGGUGCAUUAUGCCAUCAAGAAGCACUUUGCUGCUACCCACAGCCUGGAGUUCAUGUGGAGGCAGACCUGGGACUCGGACUCCAGCACAGACAUCUUUUGCCACAUGAUGCCCUUCUACAGCUAUGAUGUCCCCCACACAUGUGGCCCAGAUCCCAAGAUCUGCUGCCAGUUUGAUUUCAAGCGCUUGCCCGGUGGGCGCAUCAACUGCCCUUGGAAGGUGCCGCCCCGGGCUAUCACAGAGGAGAAUGUGGCUGAGAGGGCAGGCCUGCUCCUGGACCAGUACAGGAAGAAGUCCCGGCUGUUCCGAAGCAACGUCCUCCUGGUGCCACUGGGCGAUGACUUCCGAUACGACAAGCCCCACGAGUGGGAUGCCCAGUUCUUCAACUACCAGCGGCUCUUUGACUUCCUCAACAGCAAGCCUGACCUCCAUGUGCAGGCCCAGUUUGGCACCCUCUCUGACUAUUUUGACGCUCUAUACAAGAGGACAGGGGUGGAGCCAGGGGCCCGGCCUCCAGGUUUUCCUGUGCUGAGCGGGGAUUUCUUCUCCUACGCGGACCGGGAGGACCAUUACUGGACAGGCUAUUACACUUCCCGGCCUUUCUACAAGAGCCUGGACCGCGUCCUGGAAGCCCACCUGCGGGGGGCAGAGAUUCUGUACAGCCUGGCUGUAGCUCACGCUCGCCGCUCCGGACUGGCAAGCCAGUACCCGCUCUCGAACUUCGCUCUUCUGACAGAAGCUCGGCGCACACUGGGGCUGUUCCAGCACCACGACGCCAUCACUGGCACUGCCAAGGAGGCAGUAGUGGUGGACUAUGGGGUCAGGCUUCUGCGCUCCCUUGUCAACCUGAAGCAGGUCGUCAUUAAUGCAGCUCACUAUCUGGUGCUGGGGGACAAGGAAACCUACCACUUUGACCCUGAAGCGCCCUUCCUCCAAAUGGAUGACACUCGCUUAAAUCAUGAUGCACUACCAGAGCGUACAGUGAUCCAGCUGGACUCCUCACCCAGGUAUGUGGUGCUAUUCAACCCACUGGAACAGGAGCGGCUCAGCGUGGUGUCCCUGCUGGUCAGCUCACCCCGGGUGCGGGUCCUUUCAGAGGAGGGUCAGCCCCUGGCUGUGCAGAUCAGCGCACACUGGAACUCUGCCACUGACAUGGCCCCUGAUGUCUACCAGGUGUCUUUGCCCGUCCGCCUGCCAGCCCUGGGCCUCGGUGUGCUGCAGCUGCAACUGGGCCUGGACGGGCCCCGGACCCUGCCCUCCUCUGUACGCAUCUACCUGCACGGGCGGCAGCUGUCCAUCAGCAGGCACGAGGCCUUCCCGCUGCGCAUCAUUGACUCUGGCACCAGCGACUUCACCCUUAGCAACCGCUACAUGCAGGUCUGGUUCUCAGGCCUUACUGGGCUCCUCAAGAGCAUCCGAAGGGUGGACGAGGAGCAGGAGCAGCGGGUAGACAUGGAGUUCCUCAUCUAUGGCACCCGCACAUCCAAAGACAAGAGUGGAGCCUACCUCUUCCUGCCUGAUGGCGAGGCCAAGCCCUACGUCCCCAAGGACCCCCCUGUGCUGCGCGUCACAGAAGGCCCUUUCUUCUCAGAGGUGGUUGCCUACUACGAGCACGUUCACCAGGUGGUCCGGCUUUAUAACCUGCCAGGGGUGGAGGGGCUGUCUCUGGACGUGUCAUUACUGGUGGAUAUCCGGGACUACGUCAACAAGGAGCUGGCCCUGCGCAUCCAGACGUACAUCCACAGCCAGGGCACCUUCUUCACGGACCUCAACGGCUUCCAGGUGCAGCCCCGGCGGUAUCUGAAGAAGCUGCCCCUGCAGGCCAACUUCUACCCCAUGCCAGUCAUGGCCUACCUCCAGGAUGCACAGAACCGCCUAACGCUGCACACUGCCCAGGCCCUGGGCGUCUCCAGCCUCCACGAUGGCCAGCUGGAGGUGAUCUUGGACCGGCGACUAAUGCAGGACGACAACCGGGGCCUGGGCCAAGGGCUCAAGGACAACAAGAGAACUUGCAACCAUUUCCGUCUCCUGUUGGAACGGCGAACCGCGGGCAGGGAGCCUGGCUUUUUCUCCAAACUGGCAGCCAUGCUUAGGGGCUUGAUCUUUCACAACAGCAGGAGCAGGAACCAAGAGGUCCAAGAUGGCCUGUCUACCAGCUACCCGUCCCUCCUAAGCCACCUGACCUCCAUGUACCUGAACACCCCUGUGCUUGCCCUGCCCGUGGCCAAGAGGCAGCUCCCAGGCCCUGCUCUGCGCUCAUUUCAUCCUCUGGCCUCCUCAGUGCCCUGUGACUUCCACCUGCUCAACCUGCGUACACUGCAGGCUGAGGACGACAGCCUGCCCUCAGCAGAAACUGCACUCAUCUUACACCGCAAGGGUUUUGACUGUGGCCUUGAGGCCAAGAACUUGGGCUUCAACUGCACCACAAGCCAAGGCAAGGUGGCCCUGGGGAGCCUUUUCCAUGGCCUGGAUGUGGUUUUCCUGCAGCCAACCUCCCUGACGUUGCUGUACCCUCUGGCCUCACCCUCCAAUGGCACUGACAUCUAUUUGGAGCCCAUGGAGAUAGCCACCUUUCGCCUCCGCUUGGGCUAGGCUUCUUGUGGCCUGAAGAGAACGUUCAUCCACAGAGACUGCCUCCUCACAUAAGGUCGGGGUGGACGAGCCACACUGGGUAUCCUGUCCCGAUCUACCUCUCAGAACUGUGACAGACUGGGCUCUGCCCUCAUUUUCUGUUUAUUGUGGCUUCUGUGUUUGGGGGCAACCCAUAAGCCCACUGUUGGGUGGGUGGGGCAGACGCCAGUGAGAUGCAGGAGGGAAGGCCCUUGGUCAGAGUGAGCAGUGCCGGCCCUGCUUUGGGUUAUGAGUAUAUCCACCUAGUUGGGCACAGGCUCAAACACCUGUCCUUUCCCCCAAAUGGGAUGGAGGAGAAGCAGGGGAGGUCAAGUGGGUAACAGCCCAGCAUCAGGGUCCCCGUAGGCGAGAGCUGGCUCUAGGGGAGUCCUGUGGUUAUAUAAAGACCACAGGUCCUGGUGUGAUGAGCAGGAGCAGAGUGAAGCCAGGAGGUGGGGAAGGGGACCGAGAGUUAGCAGUGGGGUGGAGGAGUAGAAGGAAUCGCUGCUUUCUGUGACUGCUCCUCUCUAAGUGCUCCCUGACCUGCACACCCUGGCCAGGGCUACAGAGUGGCAGGAAGGAUUCAUGAAGACCAUCAUGGCCAGAGGUCAUAGGACACUUCAGGUACCAAAACCCCAUCUCAAACUGGCAUCUCGGUCUCUGUUGAUUUGUGGGAUGGUGGCAGGGGCACAGAGGUUCUUCAUCCUACUUGACUUCUCUUUGGUUCCUGCACUCUGUGCACCUCUGUCCCCAGGAGCUCCUCCCUGUCAUGGGGAUGUUUGAUUGGGCAUAUUUCCUUUCCCUGGAAAGAAAGUGAAGCCUCUAGGACCCGGUGUGGUGGGGAACUUGAGAAGGCUUUCAGCACCGUCCCUAUGGUCAGGCAUGAAGCUUCACCCACGUACAUCCUUCUACUGGAGUAUUCGAUUUCUAGUGCAGGGACGAGGAAUAUGUAGAUGAAAUUAGGAGGCACUGUGGCUACUUAUCAGCCUUCAUCAAAGCUUCGGUUAAUAGAGCAAAAUUUAUGAUAGUCUGUAUAGAUGCUGAAAUGAUACUGGGUAAAAUUUAAAAUCUAUCCCUUAUUAAAUGCUUAGUAAGUUAAGGUUAGAAAGAAACAUCCUAAUCGAGAUAAAGGUGUCUCUGUCUGAAACCGGCAGUCACUGGCAUUCUAAAGAGUCAAACAACACAGGCACUCCCAGUCAAGUCAGAAGCUGGCCAAGGACAUACUGUUACUUAGCCAUGUUCUGGCACUGCUAACCCCUGCAGUGGCGCAGAUGAAAGAGGGGAGGAAGAGUUACAGCUGUCAUUAUUUGCAGACGACAGAAUGGCCAACCUAUACAGCCUAAAAGAAUCAGCUGAAUUAAGAGCAUCCCUUGAGUCUACCCAAACGAUGCACAUCACAUUCCUGUACAAAUUCUGUUCUCUCCAAAUAAAGUCAACGUACUCCAGUGA